AUGACAUCACGACCUGUUCCCAGUGAGACCAUCAUACUGCUCCCAUCAAAUGUCAUCAACUUCUCCCAAGCAGAGAAACCUGAACCCACCAACCAGGGGCAGGAUAGCCUGAAGAAACGUCUACAGGCAGAAGUCAAAGUUAUUGGGGGUAAAUCUAAUUCAGAACAUAUUAUCCAGAUCUUUUGUGGUGUGAAUGUAUUGAGCUUGGGAAUCAUUUUGGCAUCUGCUUCCUUCUCUCCAAAUUUUACCCAAGUGAUUUCUAUGCUGUUGAAGUCUGCUUACCCAUUCGUAGGACCCUUGUUGUUUGUCAUCUCUGGCUUUCUAUCAAUUAUCACAGAGAAAAGGUUAACCAAGCUUUUGGUGCAUAGCAGCCUGGCUGGAAGCAUUCUGAGUGCUGUGUCUGCCCUGGUGGGUUUCAUUCUCCUGUCUGUCACCCUGGCUGCAUUAAAUCCUGCCUCACUGCAGUGGAACUCUGUCUCUGAUGCUGGUUUCUACUGUGUUGGAGUUCUGCCUAGCUGUGCUCACUGCUGUGCUGCGGGGGAAACAGACUGUCUGACUUCCCUGGAGUGCGCUUUUCCUGCUUCACAGUUACUCAUGUCCUCAAAGACGACUCAUGACGCUGGAUAUGAAGAACUAUUGACUUCUUGGGAAAAAAGGGAGAAAUGUUAAUUAGAAAGUUGAUUUUUAUGAUAAUAUGGAAAACCUAACCGUUAUAAAAAAGCAAACUUGACUUUCCUAAAUGUAAGCAUUUAAAGUAA